AAGUGGGGUCAUUAGCUGCACACAUACAUAUACUCUCUAAGAAGCAUGGGUACAGUGAGGGGUUUUGCCAGGAACUAGGUAGCAGGUUGGUUGUAACGUUUCAGGUUGAACUAUCGCAGAAAACCUUGUGGAAUUAUUGACAUCUCUUUGCAACAGGGUUUCACCCUGUCAGAGCAACAAUGACGUCAAAUGUGAAGCUGAGAAAAGUGGGUGUUCUAGACUAUGACACACAAAUCAAAGAGGUGCGUUGUCAGUUGUUGGACCAGUUGAAGGUGUUGGACCUGCAAUUGGAGCAGAAAUCUCAGCAGCUUCAGGACCUGACAGACUACCUGCGUAGACGCAGUGAGAUAGAAGGGGAGUAUGCACGCUCGCUUGACAAAUUGUCCGAGAGGUUCACCUCCAAAAUCAAAAGGAAGGAGCCCUGUAGUGGCCAGUCUGUGGCCCAGUGUUGGGUGGUGCUCUUGGCUCAGACCAGACAGGAGAGCAGAGACCACAGUGGUCUGAGUGAAAUAUGUAGGACCACCCUAACCGAGCCCCUUACUCACUGUCUGGACAUCACACAGCGCCUGGCCAAGAGGAGUAAAGAUGUCUGUACCCAGUUACAGGAUGGUCUACUGAAAGUCACCACAGAGCUACAGACAGCAUGGAGGACCUACUACCAGUACCAUUCAGAUUAUGUGUCUGCAGAGGGAAAGCUGAAGGAAGCAGAGAAACAGAAACAAGGCGCUUCUAAGAAGAUAGAGAAAGUAAAGAACAGCUCACAUCCCUUUUUUCAAAAUGUGUGUGUGUGCGUGCGCGUGCGUGUAAUGGCUCAUUCCGAUGUGUGUUUCCAGAGACAGUGUAAAGUGCAGGAGAUUCAGCUGAAGUGCACCAAGGCUCGAAACGACUACCUCCUCAACCUGGCUGCAGCCAACGCUUCCAUGAACAAGUACUAUCUCCAGGACAUCUCCUCACUCAUAGAUUGUUCAGAUGUGGGCUACCACCUGUCUCUGUCCCGUGUGCUGUCGGCCUACCUGUCCAACCGGUCCUGGGGUCAGCAGAACCUGAGUGUAGGGCUGCAGCAGCUCCAAAGUGCUGUGUCUGGACUGGACCAGAGUCAGGACAGAGACAACCUGCUACAGACACACACCAACACCUUCUGUCUGCCCCUCCGCUUCCACUACCAGCCACACGACGGAGACCAGGUGUUUGAGGUGAGUGCAGAGCAGGAGAUUAAGGGUGAGAUGGAGACCAGGUUACAACAGCUACAAUCUAAACUCACCGGGUUCACCCAGGAAACGGAGGAGGCAGAUAAGACUCUACGGGCGGCCCGCGUUACCCUGCUGGAAGGUAUCAGUGAUGAUGACCUAGAUCCUCCACCCUCCAGCAGCCAGACCCAGGGCUCCCAGGUCCAUCUUCAGUCCCCGUCUCAGAGCCAAGGUCAGGAGGGAAGCAAUGAAAGCCUGGCCAGCAGCAGUAGCAGACCUAAUCUGGCCAGACGCAGAGCCAACCUGCAGGAGACUGAGAUCCUCUACUGUACUAAAGUGAAGGAGUAUCUCUGUAAAAGCUCUCUGGUAUCCAAACUACAGGCUAAACAUGAUCUGCUUAAAGUGGCUGUAGAGAAAGCUGAAGCAACCAAUGGUCAUCAAGCCAGAGAAAACUCCAGGAAGUCUGUUCGUGUGAGGAUGAAGGGUCAACCUAGCAUCCAUUUCACCCACAAACUCUUCACUGGAGACAUGCUCUCGUUCAUACAGGCAUCGGGGCAAGAGAUCCCAGUGGUUGUGGAAAGCUGCAUUCGCUUCAUCAACCUCAAUGGUCUCCACCAUGAGGGUAUCUUCAGAGUACCAGGGUCUCAGGCCGAGGUCAACAGUCUGAGAGAUGCGUUUGAGAGAGGAGAGGACCCCCUGGCAGACAGCAGGUGUGACAUGGACUUAGUUGCAGGAAUACUGAAGCUCUACUUCAGAACCCUGGAGAACCCUCUCUUCCCUCAGGACAGCACCACUCAGCUCCUGGAGUACGCAGAGAUUGACAACGAGACAGAGAGAGCAGCUAAACUCAAAUCGGUCAUCUCCUCCUAUCCUCCACCUGUCAUCAUCGUCAUGAGAUACCUCUUUGCAUUCCUCCAUCAUGUAUCCCAGUACAGCGAUGAGAACAUGAUGCAGCCCUAUAACUUAGCCGUGUGCUUCGGCCCCAGUCUGGUGCGAGGGUUGCAGGAUGAGGAUGUUGUUACUCUGCAGCCUCAGAUCAACUCUCUGGUGAAGGGCAUCAUUUUGCAGCACGAGAGCAUCUUCCCCAGCCCGACCGAGCUACAGGGACCGGUGUAUGAGAAAUGCAUGACGCUGGAGCAAGACGAUUGUGAGGAGGGAGAAGGGGAUUCAGAAAUCCUCAGUAAAGAGUCAGAGUCAAAGGGAGAGCGAUCUCGAUCCAAUAGCAGCUGCAGUUCCAGACAAUCCACAGCAGGUGGGAGUGUGUCCCUUGGAGAAAAGUUCACCAUACAGAUCCCCAUGGCUCUACAUGGCAGGCCCCGCUCCCCCCGCUACAUACGCAAAGAAGCCCAGGACCUGUCAUCCAGUGAAGAUAGAACAGUUCAGGUUGACAAGGAGGUCUGUCGCCAGAUGAGCUCUGUCUUCAAGGAGCUUAUUGCUCGACAAUCAUUCCCUCCUCCAUCCUCCUCCACCCCCUCGGUCACCUCAUCCCGCUCUUCCCAACCUCCUCCAGAGCAGAAGAAAGGAGGGGUCGGGCGAAGAAGGGAAAGACCUGUUUAGAUCUGACCAACUGGACUGGUAAAAAGAGAGAGGGGACCAGAAUGAAUUAAUGGCUAGAUGGAUGAAUAAAUGAAUGAGAGGGAAUGAAAGGAAGGAGAGAGACGAAAGAGACGAGAUACUUAGAUGAGAUGACACAGUGUAGGAUGACAGGUUGUGACAGCAGCCUUUGACAGUGGGAUUACAGAUGGCUGGUUUACAGGAACCGCAGUCAGUUCACUGUACUGUAUGAGUCUGCUCAGACAGCAGCCUUCAUUGUGAAGCCUGUGAAUGGACAGUCACAGACAAAAGGGUUUGACUCCUACUGUGAAGCCUUUUGUUCGUGUGUUUGAUACAACACACCCCAAUGACCCCCACUCUGAUUUUCACUGUAGGGCUGUGUCCCCAUUCUCCACACUUUUCCCAAAGUGUGCACUUGCACACUCCCCGCCAUGGAUUUGAAAAGCAUUGGAUGGUAUGCAUUAAGGGGAUUCUUGCUAUUGCAAGUGGACAGACAGGUUUUGAUUCCCACUGUGAAGCCUUUUUUUGGUUAGCCUGAUUCCAGAUCUGUAUCUGGGACCAGGCUGUGUUUGAUAGAACCCCAGUGACCCCAGUGCCAAUGCUACACAGUCAAUGGCAGGUUUUGAGUUGCUAUAUCAUAACUUAUUUUACCCACAAUGACUUGGAAUGUACACUAUUAUCAGUGCUGUUUGUAUUCUAUGCUCUUGUGGUUAUGGGCCUAUGGAGGCCCUCUAUGCCCAAUGUGUGCAAUGCCAACACCAAGACAAGCGCUCACUAUCUGAUUUGGUCAGUUCACGGUUCAUGUUUGGGUAGGCCUAUAAUUAUGAACAUUCAACGGCCAUAUGGUCUUUGAGAUCCUAUAAGACAUAUGUUCUAACAACCUUUAUCAGAUGAAAUGUACAUUUUAACAUUUUACCAGCAAGAUCUCCUGUCUGUGAUUGAGUCAUUGAGCUACUGAUAACGAUGAACCUUUAAAUGUUGUAUUGCUAUUUUUAUAUAGUUUUCUGGAUCUGAUGAUUGUUUGAAUAAAUGUUUUUGUUGAAUUA